AUGGAUCACCGCUACUCGUCAUCGCGGUACACCACCGCUCGGCCGCGGUCGCCGACUUUCAAUCCUGCGAGGGCUUCGCUUCCCACCAGUAUUGGCUACAGUUCCAUGUACGGGGGUGAUAUUCAUGUCAUGCCCACGUCUUCGACGAGAUAUGCCUCCGGCAGUUCUCGAAGUCAUCAUUCCGGGACGCCGACGACCACGACCACUACCUAUGCAGUCACCAAAGACCCCCUCGCCCGCGGCCCAGGCCUGAGAGAAGCUAGCCGCAAUCGCUCUCAUCGCUCAUCGACCCUCGACUCUACCUCUGCCCGCCCAGUCAUUGUUACCACGACCACCCGACCGCCGCAAGCCAGUUCAUCAUCGCACCAUUCGGCGAGCAACAGACAUAGCAGCCCGACUCGCGAUGAGUAUCGCUCCAGCGACUCAACAUUUUACACGCAGCCUGCGUCAUCCAUACGUUCUCGAAGCCAUCACCGCGGUGGCUCUUACAGCGCAACCAUGGACAACGAAGAAUUUACCCGCAUGCGCGAGCGAACCCUCGAUCCUACACCGUCUAGGCACGAUUCGUACCGCCCUUCGAGGUCUUCGGCCAUUUAUACCAAUACUUCCCGCCAUGGAAAUGCUCCAGUCGACAUUGGCGGCACGGAUGGCUACGAAUAUACUACACCAAGCGACUUGGCACGAUACGAUUUGGAUCACACCCGACCUCCUUCACGAUCACGAAGGCGAGAGAGCAUCGAUCGUGGCUACUACCGACCGAGUGUGAAUGUCACGACGACUGAAAGCACUAGUCGUGCAUACGAUGUUGGACGACAGCGAGCAGGCCCUCCGCCCACCACCUGGGGCUUGGAUAAAAUCAAUCGCUCCUCCACGAACGUAUACGAUCCGGCCCAAAGCUCGAUCCCUCCUGCAGCCCCUGCAGCGCCUGUCCAUCUACCAGUGCCUCCAAGCCCGACCAGCCGACGCUCUACUGGUGGUAUCCCUUCUUCCAUGGAUGUCGCCGCAGCAACUUCCGUAGCGGCAGCGACUGUCGCAGGAGCAACUGCCUCUCGGCGGCCUGUAUCCGUGUACAAUGAGGGGCCUCCUCGAUCCAGCCAUCACGAGGAUUACUACCGAAGUCGCGAUGAUGAUCGGGCUCAGCGACAGGCUCGGGAGCCUGAUCGCAAAUAUGAUCCCAUUUAUGGCAGUGGUGACUACUACGACAAUGGAGUCACCAGCCGUGGUUUCGGUAUCCGUACAGACUCAGCUCCCGUUGGCGGCGAUUUCGAGGACCGACGGAGAGAGGCACGACCUGAGUCUCGAAAUGGUUAUCGCCCAGACUCCCGUACUGGAUAUAGGCCAGAGUCGCGCGGCGGUCCCCGACCAGAGUCUAGAAGUGGUCAUCGAACAUCUCCUCCGGAUGUCAAGAGAGGAUCCGAUGAUGAAUCCAAGCGCCGAGACGAAAAGGAUCGCUCCAAGCGUGAUUCAGCCCGCCUCGAAACCGACAAGGAUCGCCAUCUGCGGCGGACUAGCACAGCUAAUGAGGAUGAAGCCGAGAAGAAGCGCCUGCGUGAUAAGUUAAGUGCAGGACUUGGUCUUGCGGCCACCGCGAUUGGCCUCGGCUCGGCCGUGAAGGAGAAGGAGAAGGAGAAGGACGAGCGCCCCGAAAAGUCGGAGCGAGAGUCCCGGGAGCCCCGGCGCCGAAACGAUGAAGAGGAUCCUGGAGCUCGUGCUGCCGAGAGAUACAAGCCUCGGGAGGAGUCUCGGGACCCUCGUGACCGUGCGCCCGUCAUUGUCGAAACUCGCAGGGCUGCUGCCGAGCAAGAGGCAGAU